ACCAUAAGCUAAAAUCCAUGUAAAACUUUGUCCACAAAAAUUUGUCGCAGGCAGGUACAUUUCAAACCGAAUAAGUGAUGCGCAUCUACGUGGGCGGCCGAUAUUCACGAACCAACCAGAUAAAACACCACUCUCUCUAACCAUCAUCUCCAAAACACACACUACACACACUGAAAAUGGGGGUGACAGAGCACGAGAAAAGCGAGCAAGUUGAGAGAAUCAAAGAUGUUGUGAUUGUUAAUCCCAAGCCAAGCAAAGGAUUCACGUCCAAGGCUAUUGAUUGGAUUGAGAGCUUGAUUGUCAAGUUGAUGUAUGACGCUUCUGUGCCUCAUCAUUGGCUGGCUGGGAACUUUGCGCCUGUGGAUGAGACGCCUCCUGCUCGUGAUCUUCCAGUUAUUGGCUCUAUUCCGGAGUGUCUGAAUGGUGAGUUUGUCAGGGUUGGUCCAAAUCCAAAAUUCUCCCCUGUUGCUGGCUAUCACUGGUUUGAUGGAGAUGGCAUGAUUCAUGGAUUACGCAUCAAAGAUGGGAAAGCUACCUAUGUCUCCCGCUAUGUGAGGACAUCUCGUCUAAAGCAAGAAGAGACUUUUGGUGGAGCUAAGUUCAUGAAGAUUGGAGAUCUCAAGGGACUAUUUGGAUUACUUAUGGUCAAUAUGCAAAUGCUCAGAGGAAAGUUGAAUGUACUAGAUAUGUCAUAUGGAAAUGGAACAGCUAACACUGCCAUGAUAUAUCAUCAUGGAAGACUCUUGGCUCUUUCAGAAGCCGAUAAACCAUAUGCCAUUAAAGUUUUGGAAGAUGGAGAUCUACAAACUCUUGGAUUGUUGGAUUAUGACAAAAGGCUGACACAUUCUUUCACUGCCCAUCCAAAGGUCGACCCAUUUACCGGUGAAAUGUUUACCUUUGGCUAUUCACACACACCUCCAUAUAUAACAUACAGAGUGAUUUCCAAGGAUGGUGUUAUGAAUGAUCCAGUGCCAAUAACAUUAGCAGACCCAAUAAUGAUGCACGACUUUGCCAUCACUGAAAAUUAUGCAAUUAUAAUGGACCUGCCGUUAUACUUUAAACCCAAGGAAAUGGUCAAGGAAAAGAAGCUGAUUUUCACAUUUGAUGCAACUAAAAAGGCCCGUUUUGGUGUCCUUCCACGAUAUGCAAAGAAUGAGCUGCUGAUUAAAUGGUUUGAGCUCCCAAAUUGCUUUAUAUUUCACAAUGCCAACGCUUGGGAAGAAGGAGACGAAGUUGUUCUGAUCACUUGCCGCCUUGAGAAUCCAGACUUAGAUAUGGUUAAUGGGAGUAUGAAAGAGAAGCUCGAGAAUUUCAACAAUGAACUGUAUGAGAUGAGAUUCAACAUGAAGAGUGGUCUAGCUUCACAGAAAAAGCUCUCAGCAUCUGCUGUUGAUUUUCCUCGGAUAAAUGAGAGCUAUACUGGGAGGAAACAACGUUAUGUUUAUGCCACUUCACUGGACAGCAUUGCGAAGGUCACUGGGAUUGUCAAAUUCGAUUUGCACAUGGAACCAGAGAUCGGGAAAAAGAAGCUGGAAGUUGGAGGAAACAUACAAGGUAUCUUUGAUCUUGGAGUUGGUAGAUUUGGUUCAGAGGCCAUUUUUGUACCUCGCCAGCCAGGCACUACAUCUGAAGAAGAUGAUGGCUACUUGAUUCAUUUUUUACAUGAUGAGAGCACCGGAAAAUCUGCCGCAAAUAUAAUUGAUGCAAAAACAAUGUCACCUGAUCCUGUUGCAGUUGUUGAAUUACCACACAGAGUUCCGUAUGGGUUCCAUGCCUUUUUUGUGACUGAGGAACAACUUCAAGAACAAGCCAAACUGUAGGAUUGCAGAAGCUUGAUGAUUGCUGGGAAUUGUGGCAAACACACCACUGGCACUACGAGGCCUGUGUGACUCGUAUACUUCAUAGCAUAAAUAUUCAGUGUAAUAACUGUUUCUGUAAAGUGAAUGUCUACAAGCAAUAUAGGUUUAUAUCAAGUAUGUGAUGUACCUAUUAAACACACAAGAAUUACAUAUAUACUAAACUUGGUGAUAUAUUUCACUAUGAGAAAGUUGAUAACUGCGUCAAAUUUCUGUCAUUUUCUUC